AUGACCGACUACGCGCAAUAUCAACAGCCCCACCACGGGCAUGCCCCGGGGCAUCUGCAGAACUAUGGUGGCGCACAGAAUCCUGCAAGUGGCAAUCCAUCAAUAACCUCGCCCACACAAGGACAGAUGCAUUCCUACCAACAGACGUCACCGAUACUGCCUUCGCAAGGCUACGGUCCGGGUGGCGCACCAAACCCGCAACAUCAUCAGCAAAUGAAUUACGCACAGCAAGGCUAUAUGCCCGGCAUGCCGCAGCCAUACGGCAUGUCGCCCUCUCAGGCGGCGGCCAUGGCUACAGCAGCUGCAGCGGGCCCUGCUGGUUACCAAGAGCAGUAUGCGAUCCCCGGCCAGCUAGCACAGGAUCCACGAGCGUCGCCUCGGAUGGCUGGAGCUCAGAUGAAGGUUGACGGUCGUGUGGCUCCACGGUCUCCCACCGCGGUGUCUGGCCCCAUGUCUGGCAACAUGCCAACACAAGUCCAGAUGACUCCUCAGACUAUGCAGCAGCGGCGCAUGAGCACGCAGAUGAGCAGCCCUGCUAUGCCACAGCCACAGCCUGUUAUGAGUCAUGUUGGCCCAAGACCAUCAGUGCCUCCCCAGAUGCCUCAGCAACCUCAACAGCACCAGCAAUCACCUGAACUCGUUGCGGGAGCUCAGGCUGAAGAGGCCCCGCUCUACGUAAACGCAAAGCAGUUUCACCGCAUCCUGAAGCGACGUCUUGCCCGGCAGAAGCUCGAGGACGCUCUCCGGCUGACAUCUAAGGGUAGGAAACCUUAUCUGCACGAGUCCAGGCAUAACCAUGCCAUGCGUCGCCCCCGUGGACCCGGUGGACGGUUCUUGACUGCCGAAGAAGUGGCAGCCAUGGAUGCACAAAAAGGUGGUGAAGAGGGGGAGGGCAACAAGGAAAACGACACUCUUCCACCAAAAGCACCCUCCAGCUCUGGACCGAAGAGAAAGGCGUCAAGCACUCAACUCAAGGGGACACCAAUCAUCAAGAAGAGCAAGGCUGGUACCGUUCAGCGCCAAAGCACCAGCGAGGAAGAUGAAGAUGAGGACGAUGAUGAGGACGAUGGUUAGGUGUCUACGCACCGCCAUCUUUUUUCUUCGUAGAUCCCUUUUCUAACAUCACCCUUUACUUUUCAAGACUUCUCUUGACUUCACGACUUACGAAGCGAUUGCUUUUCAGGUACACGGUUGAACUUUUUGCAUGUUGCCCGUGCUGUCAUACCUCUGGCAGUUCUCCACCAAAUUGUCUUAGCACUGGAACGAACUCUGGAACAUACAUACGUGGGCACGGUUGGAGUAACAAAGGUAUCCGUGGCUCAAUGAUGGGUUGGGCAUGGAUCAUGGGACGGUGCUGCUUUUUUUCUUCUUCUUCUGCUUCUUCUACUUCCGCCCGCGGACUCUUUGUUGUAUUUUUUUCCCUUUACUACACUUUGUGUUAUCUGUGUUUCACUUGUUGCCCAAAUACCCCCCACAUUCACUACUGGCGCCCGUGAGACGCCUGUUCCAACCCGUCUGCUGGCGGUAGCUCACUAGAAAGGAUUGUCCUUCAUCGGAUGGAAAAUGGAUACCACACUUCGA